AAUAUCUCUCCCUCUCUCUCCCCCUUUCUCUUUCUCUCUCUCCCUCUCUGCUUCUGAUAGAUUCUCUCUUGUCUACACCCAUGGCUUCGAUCUGAUUGGGUUCCCAGAAGCCUACUUCUUCUGCAUGCUCUUCUCGCCCGUACACGAGCGAAGCCGAAUCAAAACCCUAGCGUUUACUCUUUGAGACCGGAGUUUCUCUACGCAUCGACUUCCAGGAUCAAUAGGUGGUGACGAUGUCGACUCCGGCUAGGAAGAGGCUGAUGAGAGAUUUUAAGAGGUUGCAACAAGAUCCACCUGCAGGCAUCAGUGGAGCACCCCAAGACAACAAUAUUAUGCUUUGGAAUGCUGUUAUUUUUGGUCCUGAUGAUACUCCGUGGGAUGGAGGCACGUUCAAGUUGACUCUGCAGUUCACUGAGGAUUACCCAAACAAACCACCGACAGUGCGAUUUGUUUCUCGAAUGUUUCAUCCAAAUAUUUACGCCGAUGGAAGUAUUUGUCUGGAUAUUUUACAAAAUCAGUGGAGUCCUAUAUAUGAUGUGGCAGCUAUACUUACAUCUAUCCAGUCGCUGCUGUGUGACCCCAACCCCAACUCUCCUGCAAAUUCCGAAGCGGCUAGGAUGUUUAGCGAGAACAAGCGGGAGUACAACCGUAGAGUUAGGGAAAUUGUGGAGCAGAGCUGGACAGCAGAUUAACUCCAUUGGCCCCUCUGUAGGGCACCCAUGAGUGUCUGAAAUGACAUUGCCGGUCAAAAAAAUUUGUGCAAACUUAUCCACUUUGAUCUUGUAUUUUGUGCAAACAAUUGUUAGGCCUGUUAUUUUAUUUAAAUAUGAAUUGCUGCAUUGUGUGUUGUUGUGCUCAUGUAAAAUAGAAUUCAUGUAUAACUUUACAUUGAAAUGUUAUGAACUUUUUUUUUU